AGCGAUGGGCGGGCAUGAGUGCAGGGCGGGCAGUGAGUGCAGCUGGCGCAGGCGCGCAGUGCGCUGAGCUGCGGGCGGUGAGCGGCGGCCCCAUGAGCGGGCGCUGCCGGGCGGGCGCAGCGUCGCUGCUGUGGGGGCUGUUCGGCCCCGCCGCCCUCGGCCUGGGCGGGAGCAUGAGCCUCUGCGGGACACCGGCCGCUUGUGCCGCUGGGCCCGCGAGCGGUGGCGGCGGUGGUGGCGGCUUCUCCUCAUCGCGGCUGAACCCGCCGUGGCUGCGGCUGCCGGAGGUGGCGGGCGCGGAGCCGCAGCGGGCCAACGAGCUGCUGCUGCUGCUGCCUCCGGCCCCGCGCGGCCCGGCAGCGCCUCAGCAUCACGUCGUGUACUUCCCGGGAGACGUGCAGAACUAUUAUGACAUCAUGUCUUGCCACCCAGAAAACUUUCAGUGGGAGCACUGGAGUUUUGAAAAUGUUGCUACCAUACUUGCUCACCGAUUCCCUGAUAGUUUUAUUUGGGUUGUAAAAUGUUCUCGAAUGCACUUGCACAAAUUCACUUGCUAUGACAACUUUGUGACUAGCAACAUGUUUGGGGCACCAGAGCACAGCACCGAUUUUGGAGCUUUCAAGCAUCUCCACGCGUUGCUAGUUAAUGCAUUCAGACUCUCUCAGAAUAUUCUGCAGUCCCAGAAAACUGUGCAUGGUUUCAGCAAGGAUGCAAAAGUGUCUGCUUGUAAAUCAGAGCCGCAGUCUGUUCCUACAGCGAAUGGCUGCUCAGCCACAGAAAGAGAGAAGGAUUGUGAAUGCUCUAAUAAUUCCACCAUGAACUUCGUUGCACCGUCUGCUGUAGAUGCAGUGUCGUUUACUUUGAUUGGCUUCAGUAAAGGUUGUGUGGUUUUGAACCAGCUGCUUUAUGAGCUGAAAGAAGCGAAGAAAGACAAGAACACAGCUGCCUUCCUAAAAAACAUAAAAGCCAUGUACUGGUUGGAUGGUGGUCACUCGGGAGGAAGCAAUACUUGGGUUACUUAUCCUGAAGUGCUGAAAGAACUCGCACAGACAGGAGUUGAAGUUCAUUCUCAUGUUACGCCGUAUCAAGUGUUUGACACAAUGAGGUCGUGGAUUGGGAGAGAGCAUGAGAAAUUUGUACAGGUACUUGAAGAAUUUGGUGUUGAAAUAAAUGAUCAACUACAUUUUGCUGAUGAACUUCCCUCCCUAGAUAACCAUUUCAGAGUACAUGAAGUAUUUUGAGACUGUAUCGAAAUAGUAUAUUCAUCAUAAAAGCACUUUUGAUGUGGUAGAUCCUGUUAUCUAGAUUUACAGCUUUGAGCAGAUGCUUUCUGAAGAGAAUAUGAAAUCAGUCCUGAGUUGCUAAUAGCUGCCAUAUACACAUUUCCAGUAGCUUCAAAAGGUGGACAUCUGCAAGACGUCAUCACUCGGUUCCUGAAAAGGGAAAAAAAUAAACCCAAAACUGUUAUGAAGAGUUAUUCUAUAAAUGUUUUGUGUUGUGUGAGUGUGUCUUGUCAAAUUACUGGCAGAAUUUUUAGUCUUGGGUAUCUAAAGUCAUAUGCUGCCUUCAAUGGGAUUUAUAAGUACUCUAGACUUUCACAUGUCUGGAUAUGUCAGCUUGGUAGCUUCCAGGGCUAAAAACGUUGGUCUGUGUCCAUGGCAGACACAUUAGUUUUUUGAUGGAAGGGUAGUGAUUGUUAGUUAUCUUAGUUUUUAUUUUGUUGAAGAUUGUUUCCUUUAGUUAACUAAAUCUUCCAGUUUUUUAAUGUUUCUCCUAAUUGAGAAAGUCAUGAGUAUUUCCCUUUGGAACAAUAGUGUCAAUCUGUUUUUCUUCUUUGUGAGCUCUUUUCCUUUUCUGUGCCUGCAAAGUUUCCUUAACUCAUUGCACAGUAUCUGCUUGUGAAUAGCCAUUUUGCAUUGAGUUUGAAAAUUUAGACUUAGCUGCGUUGAGUGACCAAGAAUGUUUGUAAGGGUGUAGUUUAUUGCUCUUUUGACUUACCUUGCUAUUGUUUUGACUAACUUCUGUAAGGACCAGCAGUAAUAUCUGCAUUUUCAACUCAAGGGGUAACUGUAGCCCUUCUGAUUUUGGACUGGUGAAGUUUUUCUUACAAAGUGUAGCAUUAGUUUUCAUCUAGAUCAAGCUGUAAGUACAUGAUGUAUGAGAAGUUGCAUUAAAAAUUUUAGUCUGCUGCCUGUAGCCGUUUUGUAGUUCUUCUGUUUGUAGAACUCUUCUCCUUUCCACAUAUUGCAGUAGCUGCUUGUAGAGCUGUCCAAAGAUCUGCAUUCAGAGCUUAAUGUUCUAGGCAGGAAAUUAAAAGGAAAAAGCAAAACAAAACCAACACCCAAUUCUAACUAAAAUCAAAGCCAGGCAAAUGUUGCUCUUGCCUCAAACCUGAGUAUUUUUCAGCAUGGAAGAUGGACGUAAUGCAGUUGUUUGUUUUAAUUCUUGUAAACAACGUUUUCUAUUUAUCUACAAAUAAAUCUUGGGGAAUCCUUAAAGACAACUGCAGCUUUUAACAGUGAACCUGUGGCUUAAAAUGGCUUUGGAUUUCCUGAAGGAUAGAAAUACAAAAGCAAGUUAGUGAAAACUGUAGAAACAAAUACAGCUCAGUUCUGAAGAGAAGUUUUUUGUUCAACACUGUUCCCAUGUUUGAUUGCUUAGCGUACCCUUCCCUCUGUUUCUUGCUUCCUGUUACUCUUACACUGCUUAAGGAAAGACCUGGGUCGUCUUUCCUGUACUGGGAUAUUUUGAAUAUAUGGGUUUCACUGGAGACAGUAUUCUGACAUCUGUUGCAAUAUUGAUGCACAUAUUAAUUACCAGAUCAUAGAUCCAUUUCUAACCAACUGAGUGCCAGCCAAAACAGCAGGACUGGGUUGCUACAAGCUUUUGUGAACAGCUAUUAAAAUGUUGGCAUCAUCUUCAGAAGUUCCUGAGCAGCUGCCCUUUGGAAAUAACACUAACGUGUUUGGUGGAGGUGGCUUACAAUAAUUUGUUAAGCAAAAUCAGCUCAAACAUUGCUGUAUUAGUUUGAAGAAUAAGCACUUUGUUAUAAAGCUAAACUUACUGUGAUGUUGUGGAGGGAAAACCGCCUGUUUUUUUUUCAUUCUCUAACAGUUGUAGUACUCUGCUGGAUGUGCAUCGUUUAUUACAAUGCAUGUUAAAAAUGAUAUGCAAAAAAAUAUAGAAAAUAAACUAUUUGUAAUGGGUGAAAACACUUCAACGUGAGUGUAAAAUGCUUAAACAAGCAGUUGAGUUCUGUUUGUUAUGUCAGGUGCUUGUGGUGACCUAGUUUAAAAAUGAUUUUAUUUGAAAGCAUCUUUUUUUUUGCAGAGCAGGCUUUGUGUUAGCACAGUUAGCAUCCAGCAUUCUAAAAGAGCCUCCUGGAAACUUGCAUACAUAGGAAAGCUGUUGGUAAAGUACCUAAGGGUGUGAAUGUUUCUAUGUUAGGAUGACAUGGGUCAUAGUUUGUACGUGCUUGUUUCUUGAGGAUAGCUGUAAAGGCAGAUUUUUAGUAUGCUUAGAUGUAAAUACCUGAAGUUGAGUGGCUUCCAUUCUUUUUUACCCUUAUAUUUUUGAGUGGAGUAAGGAAUGUUACACCAUCCUUACUGCAACCAGGUAUGUAAUAGCUGUUAUCCUUCAUGUUACUUGCUUGCUUCUUGGAUAAUAGGAAAGAGAUUCUUCAGAUUUUGAGGAAUGCUAAUAUGUUUCAAGCCACAGCUGUUAAAAAUCCCUUUAAGACUGUGCUCAGUUCUGUGAAAUUGUCCAAAUUACAUGUAACGUAAAUGAUUCCGUUUUGAUUGUGUCUUAAAUACCAGAAGCUUAGCUGACUUGUUUCCUACCAAGAGGUAAUAUAGUCACAUUUCUGUAGAUGCUUCUGUAAUAAAUUGGACCCAAAUUUUGAGAGGUGAUCGAGGGUCCAAGUCCUAAAAUGUUACUGAAAUCCUUUGUUCUCCCAGUGAUAACAUCUUUCUGCCUCCAUAUGUAAGUUAGCACUAGUACUUUAAAGUAAGUUGUUCUAGCUUGCUAAAUUUACAUUAUUGCUGCUUUAGAGAUAACUUUUAGGAGUUACAUGUAUUUAAAUAAUCAUAGGAAUUAUUGCAAAGUCACUUCAGGAAUUAGGAAGUCUGGCUAUUCAUUAAUAAAUGUGUUUGUAUCUGACUGUGCACUUAAGUUUUCCUAGAAGAGCCUUUUUGAGCUAUUUGAAGACACAAAAGUCACUUUUUUUUUUACCUCUCCCUCUUGCGGUGCUUCUGUGAAUGUUGUCCUUUCUCAGCUGAAGUUACUUUGCUGCCUGUGUGGAGUGAAGGAAUUUAUUCUGUCUUAGAGACUGUAAGUUGAAGUACUGCGUUUAUACCAGAUCUAUCAAUAUACUUCUAGUGCAUAUCUUAAAUUAUACUGGGGUUUUAUUUUUCAUCUAUGCUCAGUGUAACAGUGGAAUGGUAUAUAUUCACUGUUUCUUGAGAUCUGCUUCUAGGGUUUCAAAGCAGGUAUCUAUCAAAUAAACUAAAUAACUGAAGGUCUGUUAAAAACCAGACUGCACUGACUUAUUUGGUAUCGCUUGGAAACACAGCAGGAAAGAUGUGGGUAAAAUCAAACCCUCCAAGAUAUCAUUAAACUUUAUUGGAAGUUGAUUACUAUUCUUCUUGCCUUUGUUGAUGUCAAUCUCAGCCCUGUCAGGUGAUUUCAUUGGUCUUGAAUUUUGUACUUUCGAGGAUAAUCCUGUCUUGUCUCUUUCAAAUAAUUCAUUAAGUUUUAAGAAUACUUUGGAUUUGCAUAAUAUUCUCUAUCUGGGUAACUUAAACUGUUUUGUAAAUGUGAUCCUGCAAUAAUAAUGAUUAAAAAAAAAUAAUGGAAAGGAUGAAGACGUUUCAUGAAAAAUUAUGGAUGUCUCAACUGGUUUGUAUUGUUUUUACAGAGUUUAUAUAUGGUUCUGGCAUAACUGUAUUAUAUAUUAAUCGUGUAUUAAUGUAAUCAUGUAUUAAUCAUUAAUCAUGUUGCUUGAGGUA